UGUGUCCUCCACGGAGCGCCGACAGCGCCGACUGUGAGGUUGAUUACAAGAAGUCCUGAAGAAAGCAGGUUAUGGAAAACGUAAUUUCAGUGACGGACAGAUUCGCUUAAAGACAAUAAACUGCAGACCCACUGAGUUCAUUGAAACGGGAUGGCAGCCCCUUCACCCCAUGACCGCAGCCGUAAAGACGACGAUGAGGACGACCCCGUUGAACAGAUGAUAUCCCGCACUGGCUGUGCUGAGCUGCACUAUGCUGUGCAGGAGUGCAUGGCUGAACACCAGGACUGGCGCACGUGCAAGAGCCAGGUCCAGACUUUCAAAGACUGCAUGAUGAACUUCCAAAUCGCACGGAAAGAACAGCUGAUGAAGCAGCGGCAGCAGCAGCUGACCUCCACCCAGUCCGCGCCCAGCUGAACUCACAACAAAGACUGUACAUCACUUAAUUAUUGUUCAGAAAAUAAAGUGUGAUCGGUGACAAAAGAAAUCCUGACUUGGACUUUUCAGUUUGUGUGUUUUGUGAAGAGACCAAAUGUGAUUUAUCAGCCAAUAGAAGCUUAACGCAGACAGUUUGUAUCGAUGUCUCUGUUUGCUGAUAAAGGAAAUGGAAGAACAGAAAUAACAAAGACAUGUUUGAGGUCAUUUAGAAAC